GGUAAUCGUUGCAGACCAUGAACAAAUAUAUACAAGUACAAAUAAUGCUAUAAGCAUUUCAUAUUGAACAGCGAGCACUACUCGAUUCUCUUCAGUGUACGUUCAGUGAGCUUCACGGCCGUGCCGUCGGAUUUGACACCUCUAAGCAAGCUCUAACACCCCGAAAUCAAAGAAAGAAACCAAGAUUGACAGACAUCAGAGCUUGGUUCAACUCUCCGAGUUAAUCACGGGCUAUAUUAUGUUCAAUAAGUACCGACUGCUAUGCGAGAAUUGCAUAUAACCGCUGGCCGCACUGAGUCCUCCAUGGGAAAGCACCGAAAGCUGCAUUCCAGCAACUGUACCAUCUUUGCAAUAUCAAUUCGCCAAUCGAGCCGGGAAGAAUGGUCUAGCCCUCGGUUUGACUUUGCUAUGUAUGUACUCCAUUCGAAGAUGCGUUGACAACGCCCGGUUAGAUGAUCUUGAAGGAUUAUCAAAACCUUA